UUGUCUUUAAAAAUACAGUUUAGAUAACCUGGCAUAAGUUGGAGGCGAAAAAUGAAUCAAAAUAAAUAAAAAUCGCCGUUUUCUGAAACUAUAUACACAAAAAAUUUCUUCCAGAACAAUGAAUGUGCCUUGUGAUUUGUUGUUACAUCCAGAAUUGUUGACUAAUGAGCAGCUAAAGGACAUAAUUCAGCAGAGACACUUAAAGAUUCCCUAUAUUGAGCAGAUGCAGAGGGAUGAUUUAUUAGAUUUGUUCCAUCAAUUUUGUGUGCCGUAUGGACAGAGAAGAUACCGGGAUUCUGGUAGAGGGAAGAUCCUGAACAAGACAAGGCAAAUGAGCCCAGAAAGGCCACCGAAGUUUAACACAAUAAACACUAUUGAAAGUAGAAAGUUAUCCCGUACAUGGAGUAGUGACAGAAUAAAGCCACCACCAGACCUGUUAUCAGGACAUAUGAAAAGAAUAAAAUUAGAAAAUAAGAGUCCUACUGUAAAUAAAGAUGUAAAUAAUAUUAAGAGGAAAAUGUCUGUUGAUGGAGAUACUUUAAUAAAUGAGAGCCCACCUCCAAAGAAAGAUAAGAAGCCAAUUACAUGGCCUUAAGGUCCAACAAUUCAAUUCUUCGUAGCAGGUGAAGGUGGAUCUUUACCAAGAUCUGGAAAAAUGUUGUCUAAGAAAAGAAAGAAUUGUCUAUUCUGUGGAGUUGUGUGUGUUUUAUACACAACUUAUACUCCUUUAGUGUGGAAGAGCUGGUUACUAAGAGACAACCCGGUAUUGAAGUCGUAAGAUGGAUUGAUGAAAUUUAUGGGGUCAGUUAAUGACAAAAUGAUUAUUUAUUAUGCAGAACAUAAGUAUAAAAAUGGACCUGUUAAUCUGCAAAUGAAUUGAUAUGAUUAAGAGUGUUAGAAAAAGUGAUGCUGUAACUGAGGGAAAGGCUGAAAACUAGGUGUAAUUUAAAAAAAAAUAAUGAACUGGACAUUUUAUUUUAUAUUAUGAUUUUAUGUACAUUACUUUUAAUGUUUUCUAUAACUUUUAAUACUGUAAUGAAAUUGUUUUUUUUUAAACAAACCUAAAUGUAAUUAAUUGACAUUCUAUUUUGUAUAAUAUUCUUGUUGUUAAUUUGUGAAGUUAGCAAUGAUAAUUAGGAAUAUUGGUAGUCACAAAAUUGAUUCAUGUAUUUAUCAUUGAUGUAUAAUGUGUAACUAGUAUUUAUGGCAAAUUAUUGAUGAAAGUGAAACGGUCUGGAGGCGCAUGUUGCUCAGUGAAACUGUUGUUUUU